CGUUAAUUUGUACAUUGAAUCAACGGCUGAUUGAACUAAUGCAACCCGUAUUGAUAGCUGUACCGAGAAAAAGAUACAGAGGAAGAAAGACGUGAUACAGUGCCUGCAGCAGCAUUUCCUCAAUGCAUGGACGAGGCGAAAAGAUUGGACAUCUCCCAAUUACAGCAUGCUGUCACUUUAUCGGGAACGGACUUUGGAAUUCAAACAAUGUCAGUGACAGUGCCUCUAAGCGUGCCGACCAUCAGCAGGCAUUUACGCUUAUACAACAGAUAUGCUUGUCUUGAAACUUGCGCCUAUGUCGAAGCAGAAAACUCCCUUUCUGAUUCUGAGCUGUUACUUCCGAAACCGGUUAAAAUCCGUGCCAAGAACAUCGAAGAAAUAUCAUUUGCAAGAAGACAUCGAAGACGACGUGAAAAAUUAAAAAAGAUGACUCCUUCGAUCAAAAGCACUGAAGAAAUGUUGAGCCGUAACCCAAUUUCGCACGCUUGGACGCAGGAACAAGCAUUGCAUAGUUUCAAAUUACAAGAAGAUGCAAGCGACACAUUGCGUAAUUUUUAUCAUAAUCGCAAGUCAAAGAAAAUAGCAUAUACGCAGUCAUUGCGUACAAAGCGAGCGUGCGUCAAGCGAACGGGCGCAAAUGACCGAUCGAAAUGUUCCAACGAACUUAGUGAUGUGCAUUGGAAACGCUGGAACCGGUGUGGGCUCUCGCAUCAGAGGCCAUGCACGAAGAGAGGGGAAGAAGAUGCGGACAGAACACUCAAGAAAUACGACAGUCGCUAUAACAAAUGAGUUUUGCUCAUCGAAGAUUUGUGUAUUCUGUUUCCAACAAACAGAGUAAGCGAAACGAAGAUUCUCGGAUGGAAAAAUGAAGCAAGAUUUUGGUGCAGUCCGAUGCAUCAAUCCAAACUGGCCUGGCGUGCGCAGAGGUUACGCGACACGGAAUCGUGAUCAGCAAGCUGCUUUCGCCAUUGGUUUGGCAGGUGCGGUCAGACUGCUUUCACAAGAUAACGUCACUUUGCCGCAAUUCGAUCCGCGACCUGAAAGC